CAUAGGUUGUGUUUACCGGCAACGCGUUGAGAAGGAAACAAGAAAGAAAAUCUGAAAUAUGUUGAGAAACGACUCAAAAUUAACUUCAGAAAGCGAUGAAACUUGUAUUUUCUGUUUGAUAGCCAACGGUCAAGACAAAAAAACACAAGUCAUCAAAAAGAACAAGGAGCUGGUGUGUUUUAGAGACAUUUACCCUGCUGCUCCUCACCACUACCUGGUUGUACCCAUUCAGCACAUCCACAGCUGCUUCUCGCUACACAGGGGACACGUUGAUCUCGUUAAGAGGAUGGCUGAAAUGGGGAAAGCUGUGCUACAAGACCAAGGGAUCACUAAUAUGGAGGAUAUAAGCCUCGGCUUCCACCAACCUCCCUGUACUUCCGUCGAUCAUCUCCACCUCCAUGUGCUCGCCCCUCGCAGCCAAAUCUACGAACACUUGAUGUAUAAAUUUAUUCCAAAGACGGACAAUUUUGUUACGGAAGAAAGUCUCCGGAAUCGUAUUAAGGAUAAAGCUCCCAUAGUAAAGGAAGAGUGGAGUGGACUGUAUAUAAACUAUCAAGACUUGUCCGUGGUCGGGUCGCGGAGGUAGCAGUUCCAGCAGAGAGCCCCAAACUUUCCUUUCCCUGGCCACAUCAACCAGCUCUGACUGGGGGAUCCCAAGGCGCUCCCAGGCCAGCCAAGAGAUAUAAUCCCUCCGCCUGGUCCUAGGUCUACCCCUUGGUCUCUUCCCAUCUUCCGGCGCAGACUAAAAACUAAUCUCUUUCGACUCCACUUCGAGCAAUACAAUUACUAACAAAGCACUUAUAUAUUAACCCUUGGCUUUCACGCAUAGAGGUCACUACAGUGGACAGCUAUUCAAAAGGUGUUUUGCAUGUUUGUUUUUUUGCAUAGUUGCACCAUCAGCCACUACAUAGGACCCUAUUGCAUCAUCCCAUACACUGCCACUCAAUGGAAAGUCAGUGCAAGUGCAUGAUAAAGGUCUCUAAACCAAGAUGAACGACAGAAAGCCAGAUGGACCAAGUCACCUGCCGAUAUCUUGCCAAUCCUUUCAUGGAAAGCGCUCCCUGCAGGUAUAACACAUUUGGUGACAUCAAGUAACAACUAAGGAAUGAUAUAAUUCAUAAAUAGUCAAAGUAUUGAUUUUAUGUUUGCAGGAAAUCAUGAUUAUUCACCUGUCCACUACAGUGGACGUCAUGCAUCACUGGCUAUAUUUCAACUAAACUUCAUACUGUUACUUCUACUGUUCUUCUUGAAAAUACUUAAUUUGCAAUAUCUUUUUGGGCCUUAAAUAUAUAUACUUAAGUUAUUAUAAUGUAAUUUUAAGUUUGCACAUCUUUAUUUAUCAUUUUUUCCAAAUUUACAAGUUUUCAGUUUAGACUUUAAUGCAUACUGUCCACCUGAGUGGUUUUUUGAAAAAACUAGAUUAAAAAAAACUAAAGUUAAAAUCUUGUUUGUAAUGCCCCAAGAGCAAUACAAACACUUGGUAAACA